AUGGAUAAUGCUGCAUGCGUGCAGGCUCAGCCGAAUCGAAAUUCCGUUCUUCCUAUCGGCGGACAACAACUCGCACCCUAUUGUCACAAUGCUCUCCAACUCGCACUUUUGGCUAUGCCGGGGAACCCUGUUUUAUUUGUCCGAAACUCUAUUACGACUGCCGAAGUCGAAUCUAUGCAGGCUCCGUAUAUAAAUGGGUUAUUAAUUCAGAGUCGUGGGAUUCUUGUUGAAGAUUCUUGUGGGGAGUGUCGUCGUCAUGGUUUGAGGCCUUUUCCGGAUUGUCGUCGUGUGGAAGGUCAUUUCGAUAACAGCUGUGGGAACUGUAAAUGGCGAGACCAUGGUAUUCUGUGUGUGCGAUCCGAUCGUUCGCAUUCUGGCCCUGUGAGUAGACAGCGCAACCCUCCUUCUCUCCAUUCUCGCGCAUCUCCCGAGCGAAGUCUUACUCCUCCCCCUCAUCACGCAUCUCCCGAUCGAAGUCCUACUUCUCCUCCCUCGGCCGAUCUUAAACAUUCCCGACGAAGAGAAGCUCUUUUGCUUUGUGGCGCCUCUGAGGAUGAGCCUAUUGUUGUGGAGUAG